CAAACCAAUCGCAGCCUCCUCCCGCAGCACGGCCCGCCCACCGGCUGUGACCGCGGGCGUUGGAGGCGGUUGGGGUCGGGAGGUGCAUCGCAUUAAUUGCUGGAAUCGCUUUCAGGCACUAAGGAUGAAGUUGCUUAUGGUGCUGUUUGUGUCCACCAUCGCCGGCUGCUGCGCCGGCUCCAUCAGCUCAGCCCCCAGGCUGCUCCUGGUGUCCUUCGAUGGCUUCAGGGCUGAUUACUUGGAAACUUACAACCUCCCUCACCUCCAGGAGCUCAUUGAGGACGGUGUGCUGGUAAAGCAAGUCACAAACGCUUUCAUCACCAAGACUUUUCCAAACCAUUACAGCAUCGUGACGGGUUUAUACGAGGAAAGCCACGGCAUCGUGGCUAACGACAUGUAUGAUCCGGAUGCCAAGAAGAAGUUCUCGCAGUUCAAUGACUCGGAUCCCUUCUGGUGGAACGAAGCAGUCCCGAUCUGGGUGACAAACCAACAGCAGAGGAAUGGGACGAGUGCUGCUGCCAUGUGGCCCGGCACUGAUGUGAGGAUUAACAACAGCACCCCUCGGUUCUUCAUGAAGUACAACUUCUCGGUGACGUUUGAGGAGAGGGUGGAGAACAUCAUCAGGUGGAUGAACAGCUCUGACCCUGUCGUCAACUUUGCUACGCUGUAUUGGGAAGAACCAGAUGCGAGCGGGCACAAGUACGGACCCAAUGAUACUGUGAACAUGCGCCGAGUGUUAGAGCAAGUGGAUCAACACGUUGGGUUCCUUACUAGUAAACUGAAGGCAUCGGGUCUGUGGGACGCUAUUAAUGUCAUCAUAACCAGCGAUCACGGCAUGGCCCAGUGCUCUCCAAAGCAGCUGAUUGUCCUGGACAACUGUAUUGGUCGUGGUAACUAUACUCUAAUUGACAGGAGUCCAGUUGCUGCAGUGCUGCCAAAGAACGAUAAAAAAUAUGUGUACAACUUACUGAAGCAGUGCGAUGAUCGUCACAUGAAGGUCUAUCUCAAAGAAGAAAUCCCAGACAGGUUCCACUAUCGCCACAAUAAGAGGAUCCAGCCCAUAAUUCUGAUUGCAGACGAAGGCUGGACAAUUGUACAGAGCGAGGGCCUCUCAAAGCUAGGUGACCAUGGUUAUGACAACACUCUGCCCAGCAUGCAUCCAUUCCUGGCUGCUCACGGUCCUGCCUUUCGUCGUGGUUUCCAGCAGAGCACGAUAAACAACGUUGACAUUUACCCACUGAUGUGCCACAUCCUGGGACUGACACCGCAGCCACACAACGGCACCCUGAGCCACACCAAGUGCCUGCUGGCUGACCAGUGGUGCAUACACCUCCCUGAGGCCAUCGGGAUAGUGAUCGGGGGGCUGCUGGUAUUAACUACCUUCACCUGCAUUGUAACAGUCAUCACAAAGAGCAGAGUGGCUCCUCCACGUCCAUUUUCCCGGCUUCAGUUACAGUCAGAUGAUGACGACCCUCUCAUUGGAUAACGUGUGCUGAGCUGAGCCUGGCUUGUGAAAGUGAUUUCAGCAAGCACGUGUGAUCUUGCACUGCAGGGCAUUCUUAGAUGCACUUUAACAGUACCUGUGUAAAAUACUGUACAGCCCGAACCUGCUGACUGUGUGUGUGUGUGUGUUACCUGAUCUGUUGUCCUGGGAAAAGACGUUCAGAAAUCCCUGACGGGUCAUUUUCUGCUGAAGAAAAUAAAGAUGUUUAAUUUUCCACUCAA